AUGUUCUUUAAGGCUCUCGUUGCUGCUGCCGUCGUCACUGGCGCGUUCGCUCAAGAUCCCUCGCCCCCAGAUGCCUUGGAGGGUCUGACCAUCUACGCUCCGGAUAACUCGUUCCAGGCCAGUUUCAUGCGCCGCGGAGCGACCUUGACUAACUUCUGGGUCCCGGACAAGAGCGGUAACUACCGUGAUAUCAUCUUGGGUUUCGACGACCAUACACACUACGUGUCCGAUGACCUCGGUCACCCGUACUUUGGACCGGUUGUGGGCCGCUAUGCCAACCGCAUCAGGAACGGCACCUUCACCAUCCCCACCUCUAAAUGGGCGACUGGUCCUGGGGAUGUCUACCAUGUUCCUUUGAACGAGAACAACCUAACCGACACUCUUCACGGGGGUUUGACUGGUUACGACCGUCGCAACUGGACUCUCACCGCGGCGACGAACAACUCGCUCACCUUCAACUUGACUGAUGUCAGCGGCAAUCAGGGUUUCCCCGGAACCGUUAACGCGGGCAUUCACUACGAGCUCGCGUCGAACUUGACCUUCAAGAUCAACAUGUACGCUACAUCUGACGAGGACACCCCCAUCUUGAUGUCGUGCCAUCACUACUGGAACUUGGAGGCCUACCAGGAGUCCCAAAACUUGACUGGCCACAUGGCCAUGAUCAAGAGCCCAAAAGUCACUCUCGACAACGGCUAUGAGAUCCCCAUGGGUACUUACAUCGACGUGGCGGGAACUCCUUUGGACUUCAACACUGCUAAGUCCAUUGGCGAAGCUAUCCCCCAGACUGCAGGAAAGGACUACUGUGGUACUAAUUGCACCGGUAUUGACAACUGCUUCAUCUACGACAAGCCCGCGUCCAACAGCUCGACCUCCUCGAGCGAUGACGAAUCCUUGUUCUCGAUCUGGAGUGUUAACUCUGGAAUCAAGAUGGACGUCACCACCAACCAAGCUGCCCUUCAGAUGUACACCUGCAACGGCCUCUACAAUGCUUCCACCCCUAUUCCCAGGAAAGCCUCGCAGGGUGGCCCCAGCGAGCACUACCCUAACUACUCCUGCGUUGUGCUUGAGCAGGAGAACAUUAUCGAUGCUAUCAACAACCCCGAGUAUGGUGCUGAUGAGAUCUACGGCCCUGGCCGUGACUACGUCUGGGAGGCUGUCUACAAGUUCUCCGCCUCAGGAUAAACGAGCGCUGGAUAUUGGGAUAGUGUUAGGGCGCCUUCCUCUCAAACCUACUUCAAACGGCCAUGUCACUGGCAAGUAUCACACUCGUUUCAGUAUUUAUUUAUACGACAGUAGUCCGCUCGCUAAAUUCUGCUAAUACCUACAUUUAAAAGACUUUGCUGUG